CCAACGCGUCGGGCUCGGCGUCGCAUUCCGCCCCCGCGCCCGCCUACGACCAGCCGCGAGCCCGAGCCGCCGAAGGCAGCUCUCGAUGCUGCUACCACUGCCGCUGCUGCUGCCGCCGCCGUUGUCGCCACCGGUCCUGCUGGCACGGAUGACUCGGACCACUAA